AUGGGAGAUGUGACACUUUUGUUGCUUUUGUGCCUUUCUGCUACGGCAUUUGUCCAUGGUGAAGACCCUUACCUCUUUUUCAGAUGGAAUGUCACCUAUGGAACCAUUUCUCCGCUUGGAGUCCCCCAACAAGCCAUUCUCAUCAACGGUCAAUUUCCCGGACCUAACAUUAACUCCACCACUAACAACAACAUUGUCCUUAAUGUCUUCAACAACAUUGACGAGCCAUUCCUGUUGACAUGGAGCGGCAUCCAGAAUAGGAAGAACUCGUGGCAGGAUGGAGUGCUUGGAACCAUGUGCCCGAUUCAACCUGGGACGAACUACACCUAUCACUUCCAAGUCAAGGACCAAAUUGGAAGCUACAUCUACUACCCCACCACCAACAUGCAUAGGGUAGCUGGUGCCUUCGGUGGCCUGCGCGUGAACAGCCGUUUGCUCAUUCCUAUCCCGUAUGCUGAUCCUGAAGAUGACUACACCGUCCUUAUUGGCGAUUGGUACACUAAGAGCCACUCCACGCUCAAGAAAUUCUUGGAUAGUGGUCGCUCCCUUGGUAGGCCAAACGGUGUCCUCAUCAAUGGCAAAUCUACCAAGGGCGACGGCAAGGAUAAGCCUUUGUUCACCAUGAAGGCUGGCAAAACCUACAAAUACAGGAUCUGCAAUGUUGGGGUUAAGAAUUCCCUCAACUUCAGAAUCCAAGGCCACGCCAUGAAACUGGUUGAGAUGGAGGGCUCUCACACAGUCCAAAACACAUACCAAUCCCUUGACGUGCACGUAGGGCAAUGUUUCUCAGUUCUUGUCACUGCUAACCAAAAUCCCAAGGACUACUACGUGGUGGCCUCCACUCGGUUCACCAAGAGCGUGCUUAGCAGUAAGGGUAUUAUACGUUACAUUGGCGGAAAGGGCCCGGCCUCACCUGAGAUCCCUGAGGCCCCUGCCGGUUGGGCCUGGUCCCUCAACCAAUUCCGAACAUUCCGUUGGAAUCUCACUUCCAGUGCUGCCAGGCCCAACCCUCAGGGCUCUUUCCAUUACGGUGCCAUUAACAUUACCCGCACUAUCAAGCUCGUGAACUCCGCCAGCAAGGUUGACGGCAAGCUUCGUUAUGCUGUCAAUGGCAUCUCCCACAUCGACCCUCCCACCCCACUGAAGCUGGUCGAGUACUAUGGAAUUGUGGACAAGGUUUUCAAAUACGAUACCAUCCCUGAUGACCCUCAAGCUAGAGGUGCACCCAAAGUCAUUUCGGCACCGGUUGUGCUGAACAUGACUUUUCGUAACUUUAUCGAGAUCAUCUUUGAGAACCAUGAGAAGAGCAUCCAAUCAUGGCAUUUGGAUGGAUACUCCUUCUUCGCAGUUGCCAUUGAGCCUGGGAGGUGGACCCCAGAAUGCCGAAGGAAUUACAAUCUUCUCGACGCUGUAAGCAGGCACACAGUCCAGGUCUUUCCUAAAUCGUGGGCAGCGGUCCUGUUGACAACCGAUAAUGCCGGAAUGUGGAACAUAAGGUCCGAGAUAGCGGAGAGGCGCUACCUCGGACAACAGCUCUAUGCUAGCGUUCUCUCUCCUGCACGCUCGCUCAGGGACGAGUACAACAUUCCAGACAAUGCCUUGCUUUGUGGCCUUGUCAAAGACUUGCCCCAGCCCCCACCAUACAGCAUCUAA